AUGGUCAAAUCAAGAGCUUCAAGAGGUAUUCUCCUCACUUCGAAUUUACCUCAAUUACAAAAUUUGAUAAAACGUGAUCCAGAAGGAUAUAAAGAAGAAUUCUUAACGCAAUAUAAUCAUUAUGUAUCUUUAUUAAGAUUACAACAAGUUUCCUCUGUCACGUCAACAUCAACAUCAGCGACGAACGAUAAAUCGAAUGAUCUAUUCGGUGAUUUAAUCACUUUUAUAAGUCAGGUAUCACAAUGUUAUCCAGAAGAAACGAAAGAUCUUCCAGCUCAAUUCAAGGGUCUGUUACUGGGUACAGGUAUGGGAAUGGAAGGCGGUCAAACUGUUAAAGGCGAUUUAAGAAGAACUGUCGUUAAGAACUUGGUCAUGUUAAGGAAUAAAGAUACCAUAGAUUCUAUUGAACUCCUACAAACACUCCUUCCCCUCCUCCCACAAGUACCAUCAGCCCUUCGAGGUAUAAUAAGACAUACAAUUCUCACAGAUAUCAAAACAUCGAAUCAGAAAACCAAGAAUCAUCGAUUGAACAGAGUCGUCCAAAGUUUACUGUUCGGUAUGGUCGAAAGUGGUAUGGGAGCUGAGGUCAUUGGUGAUAAAGGGAAAGGAAAAGGAAAGGAGAAGGGUGGUGAAGCCAUGUGGGCAGUAAUGAUGGUUAAGGAACUAUGGAAAAAAGGUGUUUGGACCGAUGCUAAGACAGUCUCAAUUGUCGCUCUUGCAGCUUUCCACCCAAAUACAAAAGUACAAUCUGCUGCAUUGCAUUUCUUCUUGGGAUCAGAUAACGAAGAUAUAGAUUCAUCAGAUGACGAAGAAGAAGGAAUCAGGGAAUCAAGGAGAGGUGUAAGAAAGAUGGAACAUCGAAUGCAAGUUGGUAAAAGUGGAAGAAAAACGGAGAAGCUCUUAUCGGCAAUGAAAAAGGAAACCAACAAGAGGAGAGCCAAGCAUGCCGCUGGUCUCGGGACAACACCUAAUUUCCCUGCACUGGAAUUACUGCAUGAUCCACAGACUUUCGGAGAAAAAUUAUAUGAUAACCUGCACAAGCAUGACAAAAUUUAUUCCCUUGAUCACAAAAUCCUCAUCAUGCAGCUGCUAUCUAGAGUAAUGGGUACACAUAAACUUUGUGUACUUGGAUUCUACAGUUAUAUCAUCAAAUACCUCACCUACCAUCAACUCCAAGUCACCCUGAUCCUUGUCUCUCUCGCUCAAUCAGUGCAUGAGCUCACCCCUCCAGAUGUACUCACACCGGUUAUUCAUAAACUAGCUCAAGAGUUCGUCCAUCCAGGUGUAGGAGCGGAAGUCAUCGCUGCUGGUCUCAACGCCAUUCGAGAAGUCUGUCGACGUCAACCAUGGUGUAUGGAAGAAGACCUUCUUACCGAUUUGAUCGAUUACAGGAAGAGUAAGGAUAAGGGUGUUGUCACAGCUUCCAGAGGUCUGUUGCAGCUCUUCAGAGAAGUCAAUCCUGGUAUGCUCAAAAGGCGGGAGAGAGGUAAAGCAGCUUCGAUGGGACUUAUCGGUUCUCAAGUCCUCGCAUAUGGUCAUUCCAAAGAUGCUGCAAAUGGUAUCGAAGGUCUUGAGUUGUUGGAAGAGCAUUUCGCUGCUAUGAGAAAAGAAGCCAAUGGCGGCGAUUCCGAUGAGGAGAUGGAAGUAGAUGAAGACGAUGAAGGAGGAUGGGAUAAAUGGGAUGUCGAAUCAGAAAGUGGAUCAGAAUCAAGUGGCUGGGAAGAUGUUUCAUCCGGUGAUGAAGAUUUGGAAAUUUCAGAUUCAGAUGAUGAAGAAGAUCGUAAGAGGAUCAGAAAGGAGAAGAAGCUACGCAAGAAGGGAAAGAAAGGUGAAGAAGAUAAAGAUGAAAACGAUGAUGAUAAGGAAGAAGACGAAGAGAUGGAUGAUGCCAAAUCCACUGUAUCAGCUGCUACAACUGCGGUGUCACAAGAUACGAAGAAGUUGUCUUUACUUGCUCAGCAAAAGAUUCUCACACCGGCGGAUUUCGCAUUACUCAACGAACUUCGAUUGAAAGCAGCUAAAGAUCUAGCUGAGUCAGGAGGCGGUUCAGGCGCCAAGAGGAAAUUGGCGGCUUUGGAAGCGUCCAAAAGACAUGUGGAUGCUGAUGAGGCUGAAAGGUUCUUGACCGAAGCCGAAAUCUUGGGUCCAAGGAAGAAAGUCAAGUCUACUUGGGAAGAAAAGAUGGAAAUGGUUCAAAAAGGUAGAGAAGGUAGAGAGAAAUUCGGUAGUUUGAAAGGUAAAAAGAAUAAGGGUACUCCAAGUUCUUCUACUAACAGGGAGAAAGCAAGGAAUAAGCCACUCAUGAUGGCUGUACACUCCAACAAGGUCAUGCAAAAGAAGAAAGCUUCUUUACGAGACAAACAAAUCAAAUUACAAGCCGCUAUCGAGAAGCAGAAGAAGCUCAAACAUUAA